GCGUCCCAACUUUUUUGGAAAUGAAGUUAUAAUAUAUCAUGUUUUUUUCUGUUUUAAAUUAAAUACAGGUCAAUCUGACUUUAGCGUUCACUGCUUUUUUAUUUGCAUUUCUGGGUUUGUAUAGUACUUGAGUGAACAAAGAUACAGAAGGGGAAAAUAAAGCCACAUCGAUGUCACAAGGCCCAUUUCCUGAAAGCAGUGUGGGUGCUGCUCGUGAGUGUAGAUUUAUCAUAACCUGCAUAUCCAGCAUAUCCAGUAGCACAAAACUCACACUGCUACAGAGAUGCAAAGCUCUUACAGACCCCCAGAGAACUUCCCCCUGCAGGGAGGUGCAAGAGAUAGAACUGUGGUGAUUUCCAUGCCUGAACAUCCUAAGGAUUACAUAGUUUGGUCCAUGGCCUCUCUCUACUUUGGAAACCCGUUCUGCCUGGGGCUGCUGGCCUUUUAUUUCUCAAUAAAGUCCAGAGACCGGAAGGUGGUGGGAGACCUAGCUGGAGCGAGAGCAUAUGGAUCUACAGCUUGCUGUAUCAACGGAUGGGCCCUCGCUCUGAUUAUUCUCACCAUCAUAAUCGCCAUCAUCGUGGUGGUUGUGACCAUGUCAGCAGUGACAAGACAUUUUCCUUCUCAUUCUCCUUAUUACUGAACCAGAUAUUAAAUCAGUCUCACAAAACUAAUAUAUAAACUAAUAUAACAAAAAUAAUGUUGUCUCUGUCUCAGCUUUGCUAAGCAAAAAGAUCAUUGUCUGAAAAGCUUUUCAGGUUGAUCUGAUUAACAUUUCACUCUUUGUAACUGGAUGCUUUGUCUUGUCAGAAAUAUUUUUUGUGAACAAAAAGUAAAAUUUUUCUUCUCUUUAUGACAACUGAGUAAUUAAAUAGACUCUGUACAUGAAACAUUGACAAGCUGUGUUCAUUAAUGAAGGUCAAAUAGUCAACUACACAAAUCAUAUUUCAUCAAAGGUCAUCGAUUUCUGAAUCAGAACACUUUUUGUAGUAUUGAUCAAAAUUUUUCUCACAUUCUGGUAGUGCUCAAUAAAAUACCCCAAAAAUGCCCCAGUAAACCGGGGAAUAAACAAAUAAUGUGGACCACCCCUCACAGAAAAGACACAUAUAUUAUCACAUGUGUAAGGGCCCAGACUGGGGCUGAGCCACACUGUAAAAAAAUAUUUUUUUACGGACAUUGACCGUAAAUAAAUACAGUUUUUUUUCUGUAUUUUUCAUGAUAAGAGAAUAUACUUGUA